AUGUCCGAUAAUCCUGAUUCGGCCGUUCGACGCGCCUGUGAAAGCUGCAGACGGAAGAAGACGAAAUGUACUGGAGAACGACCUGUUUGUUCAUUCUGUGAGAGGCUUCAACAGGUUUGCGAGUAUUUACCUCGUAAUCGAGAGACGGUGAAGCGAAGGAGGAGGCAAUCGAGAGCAACGGGGUCGAAAGGCAGAGCUUCAAGUUUUGGUUACCAACCCGGAGAGAUAUAUGAUCCUCAUGAGGCUCCUCAAGCUCCCUCUUCUAGCAAUGGCUCAGUCUUGACCCCCGAUUCUUUGCCAAGGCAGACAAAUAGAACAAGUUCUAUGGUGGAGAGUACUUCACGACGUAUGAAUGUAGUAAGCAUCAACGACAGAGUCUCAGCACAAUGGGCAUCUUCUGCAACCGGCGUGUUCCCAUCACCAGAUUCUCUCGACCGUGCAGUAGAAGAGUAUAGAAGACGGUUGUACUUCCAGCCACUGCCCCUUUUCGACCCAGAAGGGUUACGGGAGCGUAUCGAGGAAUUCUCAAUGUUUCUCCAAUGGAUCUUUCUCGCGCUUGCUCUUUCCAAUCUUCCUUAUGACUCGAGCAGUGCUAAGGAGGCCGAUAUAAUUCAUUCUCACGCAAGAUCUGCUCGCGAUACAGUGCUGGAACUUGCUAUGCGAGGAACCGCCCAGCUCGAGAUUUCACAAGCCCUGUGCUUACUAGCCGUGGGCGACAUUCUUGAGGGAAGACCUGCAUUGGCCUUGAUGACAAUAGGAGCCGCCAGCAGACUCGAACUCGUCCGAGGAGCAGGCUACUCCGGAUCCCCUCACGAUUCCCAAAGCGACGCCAGUCUUAGAUGCUACUGGAGCGUUUCCAUUCUGGAAAAAGGCUUUACCCCACGCUUCACACUUCUAUCCCAAACCCACAUCAAACCCGAGUAUCCUCGCAGUGCGCGUGAGCCCUCGCCACCAGCAUUUUUGGGCGACGAGGAGUACGCGCCUGACCUGGUAACCAUCCAGGACGAUUUACGAACAGACCCUGGAAUCACUUCGCAUGCAGUACGCGCGGUGUCCUUCUGUGGCGACGUCAUAUCGUAUCUCCAUGCGCUUCAUAUCGGAAAGGCGGAUAAUCCAGCUGAUACAAACUCCAACUUCUACCAAUUGACGAAUACACUUUACGAUCUUGAGUCUCGGCUUGGUCAUAUACACUUCGUUCGCAAUGUAGGAUUCUCAGAGCGCACGCCGGAGGAGUUUGAAAGACAUAGGGAGUAUUGGGCGCCGUGGCUGCUUUUCCAGAUAACAGCCCAUGCGACUCAGGCGCUAUUAAACCACCCGUUCAUUCAUCUGGUUACCUUGCGAAGAGCCAAUCGGCCUUCUCAACCUCGGUUAUUCCUCCAGCAGACUGUCGACCAGGCCAUGUUUCACUCUGCAUGGGUUGCGCGAUUGGUGCAAACUUGUGUUGAUCGGGGGUUGAUGGUGUAUGAUCCAUUGAUCAGCGAUCUGGUCGCUGCCACGGCUACUAUUCCUUGGCUUUUCCAAUAUGCAAGAGACACAAAAGUCUCCGAGACUUCUAAAGACAAUUAUCGAAAAUGUGUAGACUUUCUAGAGUCCAUGCCUGAUCCCUCUCCAAGGAGUAUACAAAAGCGAGAACUUCUGUAUCAACUACAAACAAUGUCCAGCCAAGCCCAGGACAAUAACAUGAUUAGCUUCCAGCCUUCAAAGAUCUGGCAGCUCAUUGACUCAGAUAUCAUGGAUGCUGUUUCGCCACAGCCAACCACAGACGGCGCAAUGGGUGGCCAGUCGGACGCCUCCAAAACAACUGUUAGCGUACAGACGACGUUUGUUCACCCAGUUGGUGACAGACGGGCGGAUAAUCGACAGAACCUGAUGGGUGAUUCGAUGACGGGCGCGGUUGAUCUAUAUGAAGGCCUAGAGCAGUAUUCCCUGGAUAGUAUAUUCUCCCAACCCAUGUUCAUUGAUCAUGCUUGGCUGCAUGUAUAG